AGAAAAAGACUCUUGAACUUUUUUUUUCGACAGAUGUAAUUUCAAUUAUUUAUUGAAGUUUUAAAAUGUAAUUUAUCGAUGUUUAAUUUUCUCGUAUAAGGUUAUCUUUUACGAUACGUGACGUUUUAUAUGAAUCUAUCAUGCGUCGAACGAUUACAAAAUAAAAUACAUCGAUCGAAGCUUUCACUAUCACCAAAUGAUCUACGUCGAGCUAUGAUCAUUUAAUUAUACUCCGACGGGAUUGAUUCGUGAUCAUAUUUAUGCAAAAUGUUCCUUUUUCAUCGUGUACUGUACUCCGACGCUGUUCUCCAAAUCAAUAUGUUUAAUAUGCUGUAAUUCUUCAAUCAGUUGUUCUUUGUAUUCUCAUCAGCCAAUAUGGAUGAAAGUGCCAGUUUCCUUAUGGAGAAACUCCGCACAAAAAGUGGGAAUUACAAAUCCUACAAGGAGUACUCCAAAUCAUUAAGGAUGACUUUAUUGGAGAAAAGAUAUGCUUUAGAAGUGUCAGAGAAAAAUUAUUUGCAAGAAUGUCUGGAUAUACUGCAACAAAACAUUUUAGUUUCCACUCUUCCGGCGAUAAUCGAAAGAUUAGAAGUUAUAAGUCGGCAUUUAGGGUUGAAAUUCGUUUCGGGGACUGCCAAUUACGAAUAUUUCAUAUCGUCGGAUAUGUUCUAUGUUGAAGUAGUCUUAGAACCAAACGGUGAUAUCAAAGAUGUAAAAAUUCAUCACGAAAAUAACGCAGAACAACAGAACUGCGAAGAAUUAAAAACUACGUUGGAAAACCGCGAUUUCAAGGAUUUCACAUUACAACUCGAAGGACUGAUAUCCAUUUAUAAUAUAAACGCUGAAAAAAGAGUGAAAAGUAAAGCCUUCAGUUCUUUGCAAUAUUUAGAAGCGGAUAUUGUUCAACUUUCGGAAUUACAAUGCUCAUUUAUGAUGGAUCCGUUUCAUAUUAUUCAUAAAUCCGACGUUGGUCUUGUUCAAAAAAGAAGAGGAGGUCAUCCGAUGAAGAUAAUUUAUUUCAUAUCACCUUACGAUUUAUUGGAUAUAACGAAGAAAACGUAUAAACCAUUAACGUUAGAUUUACCAGAAGUUGAUUACAGCGUAUCGCUGUGUUUGGAAAGUAGUUCUACGAAUAAGCUGCAAACUCAGUCCUUAGUUAAGAGUAUAAAAUCUGAAAAAAUUGAUGAAAAUCAAGAUACUCCGCAACCAAAUCACAUUUUUGAAGAGUUAACUUCAUCGAAUACAAAUUUGUUACCAGCAUGCUUUGUUAUGAAACUGAAAGAACGUAUGCCAAUUUGCGAAUCGCUCAUAGAACAAAUGAAAGAAAUUACUGAUAUAGAGGUUAACAAAAUGGAGGGUCCAUUUCCCAUCUUAUCUCUAAUAAAACGCGAAAUCCACAAAAAGUUUGUGGAAUGUGACGAUGACUCUUCUAUUGUUACUUUACCAGAUCAACGGCAUUGUUACGUGAUGACAGAAAAUUAUGAUUUACAAGCUUACAUUGUUCAGAGCAUCCCGUUUUCUCAUCCUUCCCACGUAUCUCGGAUAUUGCCUCUUCUAAGACAGCAAGCUCUUUUUAAUAGUUUCAUUUCAUCUUGCAUUAGACCUAAAGCUGCCGAAGAUGUUUCAGAUAAACUGAAUAAAAAUUUGGAGAUGUCUUCCGAUUCAGAAUACUGUAACGGAUUUGGGCUGAAAUUUUUCGGAAGUGAAGAUUUUAAGGAUCUUAAUAAUUCAAAUGAACCUUCGCAAAAACUAAUUGCUUCCGAUAUCACCAUGUUCGAAGUAAUUCCAUUAUCGCUGCAACAAAUAACCGUCUCGUUCGAACAUCCGAUUGACGAAACCCUUAUCACAGCUGAAUUAGACCUAAGUGAUGUUUCUGAGCUUCGAUGCGACAUUUCAACGGCAUCGGAAGAUGCUAAUACGUCUGUAGUUGGUGCUCAGGAAUGCGCUUGUCGAGCUCUUCAAAGAUCGUUUUCCAUUCCUGCCACAAUGCGAGCUUUGAUUAGAUUAUGGGAAAGUCAAACCGAUACGUCGGAUGAAGAAGACCUGAACGAAUCGAGUACUAAUAACGACGUAGCCGAUUUAAACGAGAACGUUGAAAAUAAUAUGGAAACUGAGAAUACCAAAGAGAACGGCGAGUAUCCGUCCGUGGAUUUUCAUCCAAACGUUCCAAUUAAAAUAGAAACUUCGGACAGUUGCGACAAUUCGCUAGAUGGGUUUCCUGCCUUAGCGAAUAGAAACGGAGCGUUUAAUUCGGACGAUGUUUUCGAGAUACCGACUACCGCACCAGCUUUGUCUUUCGAUACCGAGAUGCAAGGCCCUUCGAAUUCGAUCAGUUUCAACGAACCGUUGCCUUCUUUUUUAGAGAACGUGAAUGAACCGCAGCAGGGUAUAUUCGAAGCUAAACCAGAACCCAUGGAUACGGAAUCAUUUUUUAAUCGCAAAGCCGUCACAGGUGGUGGCGGCGGUGACUCGUACAACACAUCGAAACCACCUCGGUUACCAAACGAUUGCGAAAUCGUAAUCGACAGCUCGAGCGAUUCCGAGCAGCCUGCUACUCCUCGCAAAGAUAUCGUAGUCGAACCCAAAGACCCUAGCCCGUGUUCGUCUAGUUCUCUAGAAUUUUCCGUUCUUACGGAGCUAGCCGCUGACGCUCCUAUGAACGACAAGCCUCAGAGUAAUUACGAAAUGAUGGACGAUAGCAUCGAGGACGUUCAACAGUUUAUUAAAAUCACCGAAAAUAAGAAUUCAAAAAACGAGAAUAGUAACGCGCUGACGUCAUCCGUGCUGUCGGAGCUAGAAAAUAAAAAUCUAGUUCCGCCAUCCGUGAGCAUUACACCGAUAACGUCGGCGCCUACGGCAGCUCCAUCGUCGUCAUCGUCGUCUUCUUCCUCUUCAUCGUCGUCGUCGUCGUCGGCGCCAUCGACCACGUUACAAUGUGGCCCGUCGUUGCAAAGUGUCAUUAGUAGUAUGGGUCUUGAGAGAAGGCCGGGUAUCGAGAUAAUUCCGAUUUCGUCGAUGCCUCCGAAUAUCCCUACGGCCCUUACCAUCACUCCUAUUCCGGCCAAAGAGAUAUUAGACGAGAGGCAAAAAAACGAUCGAAAGAAACUCAAAGCGCAAGAUGAUAAAGUACGCAUAGAAAAGAAAAAGAAGCGUAAGCACGACGAUAGUCCGAUGGGACCACCGGAGAAAAUCCCUGCCAAAUCGGAUCCCCUAUCGAAACCGGUAAUGCUAAGCAUCAAAACGACUGAUUUGCCCAGUCCGCGAUCCCCUUCCCCUAGUAGCGCUUUGAGAAAAUGCACGGUUUCUCCGACUGCUCAAUUCACCUCAGUGACAAUGAUCAAUAAAGGCAGUCCGAACAGCGGCAGUGCCAAUAACAACAUGAAAUCGAGUAAACCGCAAGGUGUCGGUAAUUUACCCAGUCCAGCAUCCAGCAGUCCCAAAAUAGGUAUUACGUCCAAUAGUCCGAAACACAACCUCAUGUCGUCGCCGAAAAAUGUGUCUUCGGGUAGCUCCGGCAAACCGAGUAUGUCGACUUUGAAGUCAGCCGUAACUUCGCCUUCGUCUAGUAAUAAAAUCAACAACGAAAUGAAAACCAAAACGCAUAAAGAUUCGUCCGGACGCGAGCACAAAGAGAAGAAAAGCUCCAGUAAUGGCGGCAGCGGUAGCAGUGGUAGCAGCAGUAGUGGAUCCGGACAUCAAAGUCCUAAAAUGAAAUCGUCCAGCGUAAAGUCGAAACAAGUUGAUGCGGCUGUUAACCUGAUGAUAACUCCGCAAUACGAUAGCAGUAUGACCGCCCCCCUGGAUCCUAAAGCUGCUUUCCAAACAACUCUGUGCCCUAAAACUAAUAAAAAUAAAGGCUCUUUGUCAGCGAUCGUUGAUAAGCUGAAAUCGCAAAAACACGGAGAUGGUCCCGUCGAAGAUGAUUGCGGCAACGGCAACAACUCUAAAAAUAGCGCGCCAGCUUCGAAAGAUGUUAAAAGCGCUCCGCAGGUUAUUCGUGCCGAAGACGCGAAAAACCUAACCUCUCCUGCUAAACCACCCGCUAUCAAAAUAACUAUCAAGACUAGCCGUCCAAAAGAUGCAUCUUCGAAUUCCGGUUCGAUAAAAAAUUCGUCUAUACCGCCAGGUAGCGGAUCUCCGAAACAUGCCAGUUCGAAAACACUAACCAAUAGUGCAACGGCGUGUAAAAAAACGCUCGGUUAUAAGACGACUGUUCCUGGCGCAUCUUCAAUGUCUUCGUCGUCGUCGAGUAAUAAAACCAGUAGCAGUAGUAGUGGUAAUGUAGCUUCUUCGAAACAUUCGUCCAAGUCGAGCAGCUCAUCGAAAUCAAAAACUAAUCAUUCUCCCAAAGGAUCGCACGGUAUCGAUGCUAAUCGCAACAAAGACAAAAUACGAUCGUCUUCGUCGAAAACUCACGGAGACAAUAAAAAUAUCUUCACCGGUAUGCCUAAACGAUCUAGUCCGGCUAACCAAGAGAGCGGAGACGAUGAAAAAUAUUCUAAACAGCCACCGCAACCUCUCGAUACUUUCUUCACAAAAAAACAUUUAGAUACGAAUUUUCAAAUUCCAAAAAUAUCCGAUCGCGAUCGUAAUAAAUCCGGAAACGAAGAUGCCAAGAAAUCCGAAUCGUCUGUCAAUAAUGUCGCCGAAGAACGGAUCAAGGAUAUUAAGCCGGAUACAGGAUCACCCGCCAAAAUACCUUUUGUCAGCUUAGAAGAUAGUAGGGCCCUCAUAGAUUCUGGCAAGAUACCCAAUUCGUACGAAAUGAAACCGAAAUGCAGCACGGAAAAUAAUAUCGAUGCCAUUAAUACUCCGUCUCACGCCAUGAACUCGAAUUGCAGUAUUUCGGCAGCCGUUCAGUCGAAUGACGGUAUCAAGAUGAAUUUAACGAAUUUUUCCAAGUUUAUGGACGAAGUUAAGAUCAUUCCAGAUGUAACGUAAAUACAUUAACGUUUUCUAGCCGAUGUAAAUUCAACGUUCUGUAUUUAAGAGUCUGAAAGGUGAUUCCGAUAGUGAGGAGAUAGAAGAUGCGAUCAUUGGGUUUAUCGAGGGAUUAGUCGAGUUUAUGUUAGCAAGUGAUUCCUUUUGAAGGGAUGACAAGUUAAACGUUUCUGUGUACUGUGUUAUUUUGUAUGUUUUGAGGAUUAAUUACCUAUGUUUCAAGAAGUGUUAUGCAGAAUCAUUUCGUGUUUUUUCCGAAGUUUUAACCGAAGAUGUUUUGACUCUACUGAAGAUAUUUUUCGUCCUAUUUUUCCAAUUUCGAAGAAAUGAAAACGAAACCGAACGAUAUUGAAAUGUAUUUUUUCAUGUUUUGGGGCGUUGAAUCCCUUUUUCUCCCCUUUCAUUACGAUGAAAUAUUUUUUUUUGGCAGAUAGUAUCCUGUUCACUUCUGAAAAUUUUCAGUUCAAAAACAUAAAAUGUUGUCCUUUAUUCAUAAAUUGCUGCUGCUGAUAUUUUUUCUGCGAUAUAUUCAAACUCUAAAUUGCUUUUCAAUUUUUUUCAAAGCUACUCAAACAUGAAUAUUUUGGGCUCGAAAUAUUAGUCUUCAGAAUUAUUGAUAACCCGCAAGGUAUGAUGUGAAAUUAUAAUAUUUUUUCUGUCUCAAUCGAAAGGUCCGAGGCGAAAACUUCGAUAAAUUAACACGAAAGGUUCCAAAAUAACAUAUUUUAUCGUGCAUGAAUUUGUAUACCUAAUGGAGGAUACGAUAUCUUGGAUGAAUUUUCCAAAAAUAAUUUUUUUCGCGUCGCAAUCGACGAUUAUUCCUUUAUAUAUAAUUCCCUUGAAACAGAAGGAUAUUUUCAAUGCAGUUUAUCAGUGUAGGUAUUUUUACAAAUCGUGUAAAUUUAUUGAUGUUCUUUCGUUAAGCCGCUUCAAUUUGAAGAAAACGAAGUCGUAUUUAUUUUUCAGCAUUUACCCAUUUAAUUAGAUUAUAUCUAUGUGUAAAAUUAUUAGAGUUUAAUGAAAACUCAUUUUUAUGGGACCAAAGUAAAAUUAUUCAUUCUAAAAAAUGGCUUCUGAUUUUUUUUGAAAAUAUUAAUCCAUAUGAUUAAAUUUUGUGAUUGGUCGUUAGAUGAAAUAUGAUCAACUCUGGUAAAAUGUUUAAUUUCGAGUAUUGAGUAUAAAAUGAUCUUUUUAAAUUUUUCUUUUCGUUGCAAAGACGAGAAAAACGAAAUAGGUAGGUACGUCUACGUAUUCGGUAUCGAUGUCCUGAAACCACUCACGUAACAGUGUUCAUAUUACAGAUUGAACCAAUUUAUACCCACCUAUAGAAAGAGUACGAAAUUUCGAAGAACUUGUUUUAUACACAUAAUUUUUUUUAUUAAUUGGUACCUACCUACUUUAUUGUUGCAAAAUUUUGAAGAAGAAAUUGGUGUAAGGUAAUAUAUUGUACUUCGAUGAGCUAACUCGUGCCGAUGUAAAUUUUACCAUUAUUUAAACGGAAUAAGGGUACAAUAUUUAUUUUUACUUUUUAGCGUAUAGGUAUGAAUAAUUUUAUUCAACUUCCUUUUUAUUAUUCCUGACAGAACGAUGCGACGUAUCUUGUACUUGAAAUACCUACACAUGUCAAAUAAGUGAUUUUUUUUGAAGAUACGAAUUUUUGCAAUGUGAUUUUUCCAUAAAUAUUGUAUUAUAUGAUUUUGUAAAUUAGCUUCUGUAAAAUUAUGUUAGAUACGAGGUUAUUCAUGUCUGCGUAUUGAAUUUAUCCGAAGCAAUAGUACAAUUUUGCAAGGGUUCAGUUUCCUAUUAUAGUACAUUUUAUUUCCGAAGUGAAAUUUUGGAAAUAUUUAAAGCAAAUGGUUGUUAGAUAUUUUGUUGUAAUUAUGCUAAAAAUAAUAGAAUUUAUUCGAUUUUUAUUUGCAGUUAUGUAAUAAUUUAGCAAAUGAAAAUUACGUUUUUUCUUUUACAUUGUUAUUGUUGUGAUACAACUUGUGAUUAUUUCACCGAUAAAAUUUCGUGUUGAAUCAAUAAAUACAUUUUAACUGUACAGAUUGUAAGUAAUUAUGAAAAAAAAAAAAGAGUAAGUGUUGCAAAUAUUGAAUUUUAAACAUAUUAUGUAA